AUGGAUCUAAAAAUAGUUUUAGCCAUAGUCUUAUUUCUUUCUCCGUUCGGAAUUGAAGGAUUGCCUAAUGGCCUGUCGUUUGACUAUUACAGUAAAAGUUGUCCGCAGGUCGAAAAAAUCGUUAGGGAUGCAAUGAAUUCCAAGGUUGCAUCCGAUCCAAAAACUCCUGCAGCUAUUCUAAGACUCGUGUUUCACGAUUGCCAAGUCGGGGGUUGCGAUGGUUCUGUCCUUCUCAAUAUAAACGACAAAAAACAUGAUGCGGAAUUUGACUCGCCCAAGAAUUUUGGAAUAAGAAAUAGAGAAUUGAUAGACGAAAUUAAAACCAAGAUCGAAAAAGUUUGCCCACAAAAAGUUUCGUGUGCUGACACUUUGGUGUUAGCAGCUCGAGAUGGUGUGGCUAUAGCCGGAGGGCCUACGAUCAAAGUCCCAUUAGGGCGAAAAGACACAACUACCCCUCAUACCCGAGAAGAAGCCGAUAAAGGACUCCCGAGGAACAAUGUGGAUCUUACUAAAGCCUUGCAGGUGUUUUUCCAAGAAGUUGGAAUUACUUUGGAAGAAGUUGUCGCUAUUAUCGGUGCACACACACUUGGGAAGACUCAUUGUGAUGGUUUAAAGGAAAGAUUAUAUCUCAAUAGCACAAAAUUACCUCCGGGAAACGAAGCCGAAUUCGUAAAGUAUUUAAAGAAAACUUGUCCGGAGGGAGGUCCAAACCAAUUUACGACAACCUUAGAUCUCGACCCAACUCCUCAAUCCUUCGACAACAAGUACUACGUAAACGUGCUCAAUGGACAUGGAUUAAUUUCGCUCGAUGCAGAAAUAGCAAGGGAUCCUCGAAGUAUCGAUAUUGUCAAGAAAUUUGCUCACGAUCAAGACGCGUUUUUCAAGGUUUUCUCGUCGGCUUUUGUGAAGAUUUCGACGCUCGCGGUUUUGACGGGAGAUAAAGGAAUCGUGAGGAAGAAAUGUAGUGUGUUGAAUUGA